AUGAUUGAAGGUUACUCUACUGUACUUGAGAUAGCUGGAGGAUCUACUGUGACUCUUGUUGUCCUGACACAAAAUCCAUCAUCUUUUUGGAAGUUCCACAUUGGCACCGUCAGCUGUCAGCAUAACAUAACCCCACCAGGAAAGGAUGCAUGUGGAUUGCGAGGACCACGUCAUGCACGGCAUCGGUGGGAUAAGGUUGGAGAAUGGGAUAAAGUGGUUCUGAAGAAGAAAGAGCAAGACAUUCCAAGUACACAUUCCAAUACAGCUCAAUCCAUGAAACAAGAGUCUGAAAAGUUCCUUGCUGCUUUCAACCUGCGGAAUGAUAUUGAUACUGGAGACAUCUCUGAAUAUUCGAAAAAAGUGAAUAACUCAAAAGAGGAAAACUAUGAACAGGUGCCAUCCAAUAUUAAUGCUGCAGUGAGAGGACAUCAGGACAGCGGAUUCAGAUUCAUCAUUCCAGUCAAGAUAAACAUCAAUGAGCAACAUGGAGGGAUUUUUCAACAGAAUAUUUUCAAUAUUGCCAUACAGCUUUGGAAACCAGAUGGUACAGAUGAAAAAACAACAGGGUUGCAAUCCAAACAAACAGACUCCCAAAGCACGGGAAACACUAAUUUGGAUUUAAUUGCAGAAAAUGGGCCUAACAAAACUGCAAUCAGCACGAACAUUACAGAACUUGCUGAUAAACAUAGCCUGGGGAAGCUUGGUACAAUUUCUGACAGCACAAGUGAGCACCCAGUUAAGAAACUUGACUCAACAGAUGCAUCAAUUAGACAGUCUGAUGUUCAAACCCCAAAAGAAGAGCUGGCUGAUGACACAACACGGAUCCUUGGAGGGAAUCCAGUGCUGCCGCACCAGUUCCCUUGGCUGGCUGCCCUCCUGCUGGAUGGAGAGCUACAGUGCGGUGCAGUCAUCAUCUCCCAUCGCUGGCUGCUCACUGCAGCUCACUGUGUCACUUUGUACUCCAGCUCACGGCCUCUACUGGCUAGAUUCUCGGUGUACUUGGGCGCACAUGACAUAUCUGCAGUCUCCGAGCCUCAACGUUUACAGAUGACACUCAGUCGUGUGGUUUUUCAUCCAGGGCAUUUGACUAUUCUCAGAGACAUUGCCCUUCUCGAACUGAAGGAAAGCAUCAGUUACUCAUCUGUGAUCAGGCCAAUUUGUUUGCCAAAUGCUGAACAAUUUGAAGCUCUAGAAGAGGCAGGCACCCUGUCAGAGGUGCUGGGCUGGGGAGAGGUGGGAAACGGCCAAGUGUCAGCACUGCCGCUGCUGGCCCCAGUGCAAGUGGUGGGCCGUUCCAUCUGCCAGCGUGCCUGGGCUGCACUUGGGGUCACGCUCCCACCCUACACCCUGUGCUCUGGCUCGCAAACUGCUGGCACUUGCAAUGGAGACAGUGGAGGAGCCCUGAUGGCUCAGGAUGUUGACGGACUUUAUUAUGCCACAGGCAUAAUCAGUUUUGGAGCUCCAAAAUGUGGCACUCCUGGUAUCCCAGACGUCCACACUCGCAUUGUCUCCUACCUAAAUUGGAUUUCUUUGGUCACCAGCGGUGGUGGUGCCUGGAAUUACUCAUAAAUGGUUUGUAAAUACUGCAGUGGAUGCUUUCACGCACAACAGAUAGAAGUCUGUAAUGCUAUUACACCUGAAAAGCCCAUCAGGAUGAUCCUAGAAACUAUAUCUCAUUGUUCAAAUUUUUGCUAACUAAUGUACACUUUAGGAAACAGAAAAAUCAAAGCCAUAUGUUAAUAUUGGAUUUAUGAAAGGGUUGCAUUUUAUAAUUUUGUGUUGAUUUUAAUGACAACAUUUUUUAAUAAUUAUAUUUCCAAAAUAACAUUUUUAAAAAAAGGUAGUGUUCUAAUAAAUCAAGAAAAUCAGGGCUUUAAAAUUAAUUAUAUGAAUUCUGCAGCAGACACUUAUCAGCAGGGCCAAAACUUUGAGUAUUCAAUGGCUUACUAAAUAUCUCCUAAUGUAAUCUUCUUUAUACUGAAUGUUGUAUACUUUUGUAUCAUAGUGAUCAGUCA